AUGAGUGGGCUUUUGACGAUUCGCUCGUGGAUAUUCUGGCUCCUUAUCCCUUAUCACGGCCGCUCGCAACAACCUCUCCUCAAAGAUGAUCACCAUCGUCGGUCCCGCACCAGUUUCGGCAAUGGCGAUGCAGAAGGCCGGCCCAUGCUGCAUGAAUCUAGACGGCCGACGAUCCGGAGUAAAAGCCCGGAACACGACGCUGCCCAAGCAACCCGCAAGAAGUACAUGGUUGCAUCUGGAUUCCUCCUGCUCAGUUUGAUUAGUUUCGUGGUCCAAACGGAGACCGCUUCAUACAUUCAAAAUGAGCUGGGCUGGAAGAAGCCGUAUUGCAUGCUCUAUAUGACCCACGGUUCAUGGUCCUUGCUCUGGCUGGUCCAGCUAGGUAUCCUUCGGUUACAGAAACGGAAGCUCUCGUGGGAUGCUUUCUGGCGGCGUCACGUCUCUCUCAUUCGUACCACGGCGCAGAUGGUCGAAUCCCGGGAAGUCCAUCUAAGCACUCGUGCGUCCAAUAGAUCUCCAGUCCGCUAUAUGCUGAAGACCACCGCCUUUGUGACUACUGCUCUCACAGUCGCUGGAGGAUCAUGGUACGUGGCAGUCAACAUGACUACUGCCAGCGACCUCACCGCAAUCUACAACUGCUCAGCCUUCUUCGCGUAUGCCUUUUCGAUUCCCCUAUUGAACGAGAAACUGCGGUUUGACAAGGUCUUUUCCGUCGCCGUGGCUACCAUCGGCGUUAUGGUCGUUGCCUAUGGGGAUCGGCCCAGUAAGAAGGCGUCAAAAGGAGAAGAGACUGCGGAGGAUCGCGUGGCGCAGAACAGAUUACUUGGCAACGUCGUCAUCGGCAUCGGCAGUGUCCUCUAUGGGCUCUACGAAGUCCUUUAUAAGCGCUUCGCCUGUCCUCCGGAAGGUAUCAGCCCUGGCCGGGGUACAAUCUUCGCCAAUACUUUUGGCAGCCUUAUCGGAGUCUUCACUCUGCUUGUGCUAUGGAUUCCAUUGCCAUUUCUGCAUUGGAUGGGAUGGGAGACAUUUGAAUGGCCGACUGGCGAGGCAGCAUGGAUGCUGCUCAUCUCCGUGGGUGCCAAUGCUACCUUCUCCGGCUCUUUCCUUGUGCUCAUCUCCCUUACAUCGCCCGUUCUAUCAUCAGUAGCUGCUCUCCUUACCAUCUUCCUCGUUGCUCUGGUGGACUGGUUCCGAACCGGAGACCCUCUUUCCAUGGCCUCUAUUAUUGGAGGCGUUUUGAUUAUGGUAGCGUUCUUCAUGCUGAGCUUCAGCACAUAUAGAGAGAUGAACGAAGAGCGAAAGAAGCAUCUCGAGCAUGAUGAAGUCGAGUCUGACAGUGAUGCAUAG